AGGGAAUUCAAUAUCAGAAAUGAUUAGAAGCAUGAAAACUGGUUAGAAUUUUGUACAACAAAAAAGUUGGCCCAAAAAUCUGUCUCCACACAUGAAUCAUAUAAAGGUUCAGACAGGUGUCAGAUCAUACACCGACUGCCACAUAUGCAGAUGACGUGGCCAUCCAAGAUUCUCGAGAAAAAUAGCCUUCUCCUCCGCCAGAAAGUGAAAGGGGGUUGACAUGCACCAAACUUAAAUGUCAAAGAAAGCAUACAGAAAAAUGUUGAAUAAUCAACAAAUUAAACCCCUUUUUUUUUUGUCUUCAGAGGUAGGCGUUUGUAUUUGUCUGUUUCACUUUGAUUUUCUAGGGUCCAGCUGAUACCUACAUUACAAGACUGUUUCGAGCUUUUUCAAGACUCUUCUGGCAACUGGCAAGUUCAUAUACUUCACAUUUUCCGUUGUUUUUUUUAGUACAGAAUUUAAGAUCUCUGUUUGUUUACACUUUUUUGGUAUGGUCAAAACUGAAGAAAAUUGAAUUUUAGUGUCCCAUGGCAGGUCCCAGUUUGCUGUCUUGUAGUAAUUAUUUCUUAUGCAUGAAAAGAUAUAGAGAGAGAGUUUUGGUCUAAGAAACAAUGAUUGAAUGUAAGGGUUUCUUAAUUAACAAGCUGCUAACCAGUUGUUGCAGAAAUUAACAAUGGCAAAUGAUCUGGGAAUAGCAUUUUACAUCACCAUAUGCUGCAUAUUCUUCAUCAUAUCUAAGACCAUUCUUAUGAUCCUCCUUUACAAGCGAUGGAAAAGAAAGAAUACCAUUUAUGAACACGAUUUCUCAGGGGGGAAAAUGGUGAUGUUCAGAUCUCCAUUAUUGCAAUCACUAUCAUCUGAUGUGUUCUUAAAAAACACAUUGAAAUUAAGCAACAAAGACAUCAUUGGUGCUGGAGGGUAUGGUACAGUUUACAAAUUAAUGAUAAAUGAAACCAUGGUCUUCGCUGUAAAAAGGCUUAACAGAGGAACUGCAGAUAGAGAUAAAGGAUUCGAACGAGAAUUGGAAGCCAUGGCCGAUAUCAAACACCGCAACAUUGUAACUCUCCAUGGAUAUUACACCAAUCCUCACUACAAUCUUCUUAUCUAUGAACUAAUGCCUAAUGGAAGCUUGGAUUCUUUUCUCCAUGGAAAAUCAAUGGACGACAAUGUUUUGGAUUGGCCAACAAGAUCUAAAAUAGCUUUAGGUGCUGCAAGAGGAAUAGCAUAUCUUCACCAUGAUUGUAUCCCUCAUAUAAUCCAUAGAGAUAUUAAGUCAAGCAACAUAUUACUGAACCAGAACAUGGAGGCUCGAGUCUCGGAUUUCGGGUUAGCCACAUUGAUGGAACCAGACAAGACUCAUGUUUCAACGUUUGUGGCUGGAACCUUUGGAUAUUUAGCCCCAGAAUAUUUCGAUACCGGAAGAGCAACGGCGAAGGGCGAUGUUUAUAGCUUCGGAGUUGUUUUGCUUGAACUUUUAACUGGAAAGAAACCCAUGGAUGAAGCAUUUCUUGAAGAAGGAACAAAGCUUGUUACAUGGGUAAAGGUAGUUGUUGAAGAAAGGAAGCAAGAAUAUGUGGUUGACAGUAACUUAGGUUGUUGCUAUCCAGUGGUUGAGAUUAAAACUACAUUCGAUAUAGCAUUGAUGUGCCUUCAAACAGAUCCUUCCAAGAGACCAACAAUGGCUGAGGUUGUCAAGAUGUUGGAGCAGAUCAAUGUCAGAGAAAACUGUAACUGAUUUUUAAUGGUGUUCUUAGUUUUACUCAUCCCUUUUUUUAUCUCCCCCUCUUUUUGAUUGAAAUGGUCACAAAAGAGGUGAAACUGGACAGGUUUUUUUAUUAACAUCUCUGUGUAAAAUGCUUUGUUCCAUUGCAUAACCAUGUGUCCGUUUCAAAUCUCAUUUACGAGCAUGUUGGGUGGAUCUGGGCCAACUCAAAAAUAUGAAACAUCACUCCUGGAGCUGAUAAAUUUUGGAUUAGGUUUGUUUGAAUGGAAUUACUUCAAGUUUAGUGUGAAGUAAUUCGGAUUUGGAUUAUCUUCAAGUAUGAAUUAUUUUGUUAUCAAUCAUUUUAUUUGAGUUCAUUCUAAUCGAAUCAUUUAGGGCACGUUUGGUUGGGAGGAAUGGAAUAGAGCUGUAAUGUAAUAGAGUUGUAAUGGAAUAGAGCUGUAAUAGAAUAGACCUGUAAUGAAUAAUUCAGUUGUUUGAUUGAAUGGAAUGGAAUAGAGUUGUAAUA